UCCGCCCCAACUUCCUGAACUUCAAAAGUCGGGAAGCAUUUCCCAGAAGAAGGCUCCUGACAGCUGUCUUCCUCCCAAGCACAGAAGGUGCAUAUAUACCUACAUGGCAGUACCCCUAUCGGGACCAGCGCCCCCGGAAGGCCGCAGCAACGACUCCGAUAUGUCGGGAGCAACUUCAAGCACCGCCGGCGAGUCAUUCAACUUCCCUCCAGUGACGGUGCAGCAUGUCCAAAAUUGCUCGUUCUCGGCAUGGCACCCAACCUUCCGGUCCUGCACCCUGAAGAGCGUUGUGAUACCGCUCUCCGAGGACUUUGUAACGUAUCUGAAUGCGGACGGGGUGUUCCUGCCGUUGGACGGCAAUGGACGUCACCAAUACGGCUGGUCAAGCGACGAGGACGAGGACGAGGCGCAGGCGGGAAAAUCGGGCAUCACUGAACUGCCAGCAGAUACCGCAGAAGACACGUGGAAGCAGGACAUUCUCAGCAAAUUGCGCCUGGACGACGCUGCUUUGACGGACGAUACAUAUGUUGGGGAGGAGAAGGGUGCGGAUGAAGAUGAGGACGACGAUUUGCCGUCGUUUCCAGAGCUUCAGCAGAGGAUAGAGGAUGUCAUUGCGGAGUUUGGGGCUGUGUUUCCGAAGCUGAAUUGGAGUUCGCCUAAGGACGCCUGCUGGGUAGCAACGGGCUCCACGCUGAAAUGCACGUCACCCGCCGACGUCUUCCUGUUGCUCAAGAGUAGCGAUUUUGUAGCGCAUGAUCUGGGUCACGCAUUCGAAGGAUGCGUGACGGACACCACUGCCGGACAACCAGAGGAGGCGGAUGACGAGGCCGGGAUAGCUGGACCGGAGCAAUUCGACCUCAUUUUACGGAAGUGGUACGAGCUACUUCCGUCGAUGGAGUUCAGGUGCUUUGUGAAGGAUGAUCAGCUCGUCGGCAUAAGCCAACGAGACACCGCCAACUAUUACAAAUUCCUUGUGGACGAAGGCGAAGAGCUCGCCGGAUCGAUACGUACAUUCUUCCGCGACAAGAUCCGUGGCAGGUUCCCGGACCCAAGUUAUGUGUUCGACGUAUAUAUCAACCAGCACAACCGCAAAGUCUGGCUACUAGACUUUAAUCCGUUCAGCCCAACCACCGACUCCCUCCUGUUCUCGUGGCCCGAGAUCCUCAACGCACCAACACAAUCAACUUCAGACGCAGACCUCCCAUCACCCCCAACAUCACCCCCAUUCCGCAUAAUCCCCUCCCCCUCCUUAACCAUCCAAUCUGCCCACCCAGCCUACAGCAUGAACCGCCUCCCGCGCGACGCCGUCGAUCUGUCGAAUGGCGCGUCGAUUGAUCAAUUUGCGGAUGAUUGGAGGCGGAUGGUUAGGGAUGCGGCAUUGUAAAGGGUUUGCGUAUUAUGAUUGGUCACCCUAGAUAGUUUUUGGAACGUAUGGGAGGUGGGGUGGCAUUUACGGUUGGAAUCUGUAUAGUCUAGAUCGGUAGGCCGAUUGCUCUGUUUGUCCGAUUUCAGGCGUGUGUCGUAACGCCUCGGAAUGUACAUGGAAAGCUUCAUUCGUCACGACCCACUUACUUCCACUAGUAGACGCGGCUGA